AGCGAUGGACCGGUAGGGGCCCGGCCCACGACGGUAGCUCCUGAGCCGUGAUGCGAGCGUGGGUCCUUGUCUCCGUGGUGCUCUGGUACCUCACAGGAAAUGGAUGGCCGCGUUCUUCCUUACUCAGUAAGAAAGGCUUCAUUUAUGGCAAGACAGGACAGCCAGUGAAAAUAUAUGUAAAAUUACAUCAAAACAGCCCAGUCCUUAUCUGUAUGGAUUUUGUACGUUCUAGAAAAGAAACAGUGGAUCCCACCUACUUAUGGGUUGGGCCUAAUGAAAAGACAUUAACAGGAAAUAAUAGGACAAAUAUAACAGCAACAGGAACAUUGAUGGUGAAAGAUUUUAUGGAGACCUUGUCUGGACUUUACACAUGCACUCUUUCUUAUAAGACUGUUAAAGUAGAAACCCAAGAAGAAACUGUAAUAAAGAAGAGAUAUGAUUUUAUGAUAUUUGCCUAUCGGGAGCCUGACUAUUCAUAUCAGAUGGCUGUACGUUUUACCACCAAGUCUUGUGUAGGAAGAUACAAUGACCUGCUCUUCAGAGUACUAAAGAAAAUCUUGGAUAAUUUAAUCUCUGAUUUGUCAUGUCAUGUCGUAAAACCAUCAUAUAAGUGCCAUUAUGUUAAAACUCCAGAACGUGACCUCAUACAUGAACUGUUUAUAGCCUUUCAAGUUAAUCCCUUUGCACCAGGGUGGAGAGGUGCAUGUAACACAUCCAAUGACUGUGAAGAGACCACGAAUCAUAACAUCCUCCAGGCAAGAGAUCGUAUAGAAGAAUUUUUUCGAAGUCAAGCAUAUAUUUUCUAUCAUCACUUUAAUGAGACUGUACCAGCCAUGCAUUUUGUAGACCACAGUUUUCAAGUAGUACGUAUGGAUAGCUGUCGACCAGGCUUUGGAAAAAAUGAAGGUCUACACAGUAAUUGCGCUAGCUGUUGCGUGGUUUGCAGUCCUGGCACCUUUAGCCCUGACGCUGACGUUACUUGUCAGACCUGUGUUUCUGUCCAUUUCUAUGGAGCUAAAUCUUGCCCAUAGACUCCACCCAGAAAUCAGUCAUCCGAAGAUGCGAGUGGAAGGCAUUGUCACUGGCCUGCUGUGGAGAGGGAUGACCUAUGAUGACUGUUCAAGUUUCAGAGCAUCAUGGACAGUUAGUUCCAUUGGGUAAGAUCAACAAGACCAAAAAAAUGAGAAAACGUGCGUUUUAGAAACAUGCGUUUAAAAAAAAGUUGGCAUGGUAUUUCUAAGAAGUUACUGAAUGCAAUAUCUCCAGUGAACCAAGGAAAAUCUAUUAAUGGGUGAUAUUUAAUGAAACAUGUUUUGUUAUUUACAAACUGAAUCUGUACCUAAGAUUAUAUUAAGGUCAAGAAGAGUAGCAAAAUAUAAUAAAAAUUCUGUAUUUUCCAUAUAAUAA